AGCGUCCCCGCAUGUUCAUCUGUGUUCCUAUCUCCUCCACGUUCGAGGUUUGAUCGUGUGUUGCAUCCUCACAGUAGUCGUGAACCUAAAUUGACUCGGGCAUAUCCAAUAUAAGAAGGCUCUUGUUCCUCUACGUUGACCUCUCAUCCCUAGCACUACAUUCUCUGGGUCGUUUACCAUCCUUCGACUUCAACCUACCGACAUCAUGGCUGGUCCCACCGAAUCUGACAGACACUCCGAUGGGUCUGAGUCUCCCCGAGGAGAUAAAGAAGCCACUCAACACGUCGAGCGAGUCCAAACAAGAGACUCGGAGCUUGGUCAUGCUGGAUACCAUGACAAAGGCGGUCUUCGCACCGACAAUGACGACCAAGACCAUUACACCGAGCCUCCGAUGUCGUUCAAUCGAUGGAUGAGUUUAGUGUCAAUGGCUAUGCUUUGGACUGGUUCCCAAAUCCCCGUCUACCUUUUCGGAGGAAUCCCCCCAUACAUCUAUGCAGACAUUGGAGGUGCAGAUAGAUGGAUCUGGCUUGUACUCGCCAAUCUUCUUUCGCUGGCCGCGGUCUGUCCAUUCGUCGGCUCUCUCAGCGACAUAUUUGGUCGCAGAUACGUCGCCAUCAUCGGUGCUGCCUUUGUCGUAGUAGGCAUGAUCAUAUGCUCGACUGCUCACUCCAUGAAUGUCUUCAUCGGAGGCAUGGUCUUCGCGGGCAUUGGUGCAGGUAUCAACGAACUUACGGCGUUGGCCGCGACUUCGGAGUUGGCUCCCACUGCUAAGCGAGGAAAGUACGUCGCGAUACUCAUCUUCAGCAUUCUCCCUUUCUGUCCAAGUGUGCUUUGGGGGCAACUGAUCGCUGCCCAUUCCUCGUGGCGAUGGGUAGGCGCACUCUGUGGAAUAUGGGCUUUCAUCGGACUCGUUCUGACCGCAUGCUUUUACUUUCCUCCACCCAGGGUCAACUCGGAGGGUUUGUCAAAGUCAGAGGUCUUCAAACAAGUCGAUUUUGUUGGUGGUUUCCUCAGUGUCAGUGGUAUGAUUCUGUUCAUGGCAGGCAUGCAAUGGGGUGGCUACCAGUACUCGUGGGGUAGCGCUCAUGUUCUGGCACCCUUGAUCCUGGGAGCUGUUCUUUUGGUUGCCUUCGGCUUUUGGGAGGCUUACGGUGCCAAAUAUCCAAUGUUCCCCAAGAGGCUUCGGCAGGAGCCUCGAAUUUUGUCGCUGACCCUUGUCAUAACAUUCAUCUCUGGAGCAAACUUCUUCAGUCUGCUGAUGUUUUGGCCAACCCAGGCAUUCAACGUCUACGGUCACGAUCCCGUCGGUGUAGGCAUCCGCGGUCUUCCUGUUGGGUUCUCCAUCCUAGCUGGUGCUUGUAUCGUCCUCUGGCUCCUGUCCGUCUUCCGUGGCCAGAACAAGGCCUUGAUGAUUGGAUCAUCUGUCCUCAUGACGGCAGGGUGCGGUGCCCUUUCCAUCGCACGGGUGGAUAAUCUGAGCCAGCUCUGGGGAAUCCUUGUAGUCGCAGGCCUCGGCAUUGGUGGAAUCGUUGUGCCUGCCUCAAUCAUCACGACAAUCAUCUGCCCCGACGACCUCAUCGCGACAGUAGCAGCGCUCACCUUGGCCAUUCGUGUGAUCGGCGGGUCGAUCGGAUACUGCGUCUACUACAAUGUCUUCAUCAACAAGUUUGUGCCCUCAGCCACGUACUACAUUGGCGGAACGAUGGAAUUCAAGUUGAAUAUUACCAGUCCAGCUGUCAUCAAGGCUGCGAUUGAGCUCACGGGCGCCAGUCUCUUGAGCGAACUUGAGACACUCCCAGGCAUCAAGGGCGUACCCGGGGCGUACGAGAUGGUCGUGAUUGCUGGAAGGUUGGCAUACGCAGAAGCAUACAAUACCUACUCGGUACCUCGCCUAGCACAGAAGCGCCAAUAUCCAUUCGCAUUUCGUCAUCACGCGCGCGUCAAGAUGGACCCAGUCGUGUCAGCAACCAUCCAAGCAGCUGUUCUGAGCGCCAUCUCGAACAUUCUUGCUCAGCUCAUCUCUUGUCACCGCGAAGGCCAUGGCUACACCAUCGACACGACCCCGCUGGUCAUCUCCGUGGUCUACGCCCUCCUCUCGUGCCCCCCCAACUACCUCUGGCAGUCCUGGAUGGAGUCCAAGUUCCCCGGCUACACCUCGCCCGAUGAUGCUGGUACCGUAGCAAGCAUCACCCAACAGCCACAAGUCAAGGCCGCCCUCGACGCUGCUGGCCCAACUCUGCAACGCAUCGAAGAGACAACCACCCCUGCUCUGCAGAAAGCUUCGGCAGCCGCCUCGGCAGCCACUACUGCUUUGGCAGACAACGACACUGUCAAGAGUGCUAGACGUCGCGCAAGCGAGGGCGUCGAUACCGUCAGAGCAAAGACCCAAGAGCUCGAGGCUCGCGCCGGUAUCAACCACUCGCCUAUGGCCAAGAGUCCCGCUCGCUCCCAGACCUUCAGCACUUCCGACGGCCAGACGAUCGAGAAGAAGGUCGACGGCGCCUUUGCUCAACCUCCACCUGCCUCGACACCCAAAGUUCUGAGCGUCAAGAACACAGCUAUCAAGUUCGCUCUGGACCAGACAUUCGGUGCUGCCAUCAACAAUGCCUUGUACAUUCUCGGUAUCGCUUUCCUCCAGGGUCAAUCAGCCGAUGCCGCCUUCUCUGCAUUGCGCACUGACUUCCUCCCACUCUUGUUCGCUGGCCAGAAGCUUUGGCCUCUUGUCUCCAUCAUCAGCUUCACCCUCGUUCCUCUCGAGUACCGCACUAUCUUUGGUGGUGCCAUUGGAAUUUUCUGGGGUGUUUAUCUGAACUUGAUGGCUAUCGGCAAGAAGUAGUCUGCGCCAUUUCUGAACCUGCUGCAUGCCUUCACGACCUUUACUGAUGCAUAUGAUACCUAUGACAUGAUGCCAUAAAAAUAACCCUAGGGUGAAUACUAUCUUUUCGCCCACAUCUUCUGUC